CUAUUACACUCGACUCCCCGGAUACGGAAAGCGAAGGACGAAAUCUACUUCAAAGUCUGUUCGAUGCUCGUAGACUGUAUUAUGAGGUCAUGUGCGUCGAUAUUAUUGUUGAUGUCGUCAAAGAUUUUCUGAACAAUGCUACGGAGUCGCAGAACAAUCCGUUUCUGGGGGUAUAAAGUUCGAGAGUUUCCGGGAUGGGAUGUUAGUUUAUUAUCUUCAUCCAUCUCUUCAUUUCAUCUACAUACUCUUCAUACCACGCAAAAAGUCUGUUUUGAAUUGAAGUUAUCGACGAAUUAAUCAACCAACAAACCAAAAAAUCAUCUACCACCAGCAAGAAUGCCAGCCCAGAUCAGGAAAAUCGUGUACGCUUGCAGUCACGAGCUGCCCAAUCUGAGCUUCCAAGCUCCAACAAAGCCAUCCGUCAUCAAAAGAAUCAAGCGAGCUCUAACCUUUACUGAAACAAUCCGCACACCCUCCUUGGAGUUGUGUCCGUAUUGUGAACGGGAAAGAGAAGAGAAAGCGCAAAGAGAGGCGCAGGCCUCAAUGCAACCGCAGACAAGCCCUAACAAAGAUUACACCAGACCAGCAGCACCCCGGUCCCAAAGGACUCCUAUCCAAGCAAGACGGUACAACACCGUAGCUGCGCGACGACCAGUAUCGCCAGUGUCGCCGAUCUCGGAUAAAGGAUUCGACUCGGACGCGGACGUCGACUCCGUUCUUCCUCCCCGGAAUCCCUACCGGGAUACUAACAUGGAACUUCUUCGAGAAGACUUUCAUGCACGGGAUAUGGAAGAACGGCUGAGGGGUAGUCUUGCGAGAGAGUCGCCGGCGGAUAGGAGAGCGCGGUUGUUUUGGGAGGAGAAGGUCCGCAAGGAGUGGACAGCGAGGAAUGCAGCCAGGGAUUAUAACGAGUUUAUACAAGAUCAGGCGCCACCGGCUGCUCGUCCUACGGAUCUUAAGGAGCUCUUCAUACAAGCCCGAACUCCACACACCUCAAUAGCGCCUCCAAAAGAAUCCGAAUCUCCGAGAUUAGAUCUGCGCGCAAGAGCAGCGAAAAUCAAAGAGGAGAAGGCGAUAAAGGAGCAGAGGACGAAAGCUCGUUGCCAACUAGUGCGGAAGGAGGAGAUAGCGAUAGCGAUCUUUUUCGUGAGGAUGGCAAUCAUUACCUUGCGAAUCUCAACGGAGUCAUGUAAUAAUAUAUCAUUGAUUGGAACAUGCCGAAAUAAUUAA